AACGCACUAACUAAAAACACACACACGCCAAACGGCAAAGCAACAGACGCUCGACGUUUCAUGCAGAAAUUGACAUUUUUGUGAAUGAACAAUAGUAAUAAAGUUUUUAUUUAUACACCUGGAUCUCACUUCUUAACGAUCUUUGGUGCUGCGAUCCGGACAACAUUUUUUGUGUGCUUUUUGGGGGGGGGAUAUAUUUGUGGACACAGCGGAUUACGUGGAGCUAUGUUUCGGAGAAGCAAGAGUCAAGUGCUGGUGGAUUACGCGGCAGAAGAAGACGACAUGUCCUGGCACUACCAUCACUCCUACAAGGACAAAGACUUAGAAGGAGAGGAAGAGGAGGAGGAAGCUGUCACAGCAGUAUCCAAGGAGGCCAAGGUGAAGAAGAUCAUGUCCAAGAAAGAGAAGAAGGAGAAGAAGAUGUCCUCGAAAGACGAUGAACACUUUUUGUUGACCGGAGUCAAGCUAGCAGACCGAAGAGGAUCUCACAAGAAAAUCAAAGACGACGAGAAGGAGAAGGACAAGAAGGAAAAGCCGGACAAAGGUCACUGUUUUUGGGACAGCGUCACCACGACCAUGAGGCAAAUCUCUCCCGUCAAAAAAACGGAGAAGAUGGACGGCUGGGAGACGCCUCAGCCUCCUCACAACUCCAGCGAGACAGACGCAGCCCCAAAGGAGGAGGUGGAAGAGGACAAAACCCCGAAUGGGGAUUUGACCGUGCCUAUUCCUGACUCUUUAGACCUCCCAUUGGAACUGGCCACGUGGGCCGGCCUGGAGGAGGACUCCUCCCGCUACGCCAACCUGUCGGACUCCAAGGAUCCCACAUGCGCUGUCAGGUGGACGGCAAGGGCCAAGGUGAAGCUGGCCGGGAUCAGCAGGAUGAGCAGAGGGAUGGUGUCGGAGAGCGCAUGGGAAGGACUGAAAUAGUCAAAUAGCGGCUUUCAAUUCCUUGCAGGACUUGCGGUAAAGCAGGGUAGCUCGCUGGACAUGAUAAAUAAAGGCCUUACACCACCGCAACGUGUGAAGUGAUAAAAAGCUCAGCUUCUCCCGUCACGGUAUUACACAGUGUGCUGUAGUUUUCCAUGUUGCCACGUGAUAUUGCAGCUACAGGAGUCUUUCCAAUUCUUUGUGCUGUUAUGAAGAAAUACCAUAUUUCCUCACGUUAUGCUCCAGGGCCUUUAUUGACUCAACUGCAGAGAGAGCCAGGCAUUCUAUAUAUGCAGUACAUUGUGUCACAAAUCUGUGUACACCCCUCACAUUUCAGCAACCAUUUUAUUGUAGUAUAUCUUGUCAAGGGACACUGUAGAAAGCAAACUUGGAUAUACUUUAGAGUCGUCGCUUAUACAAGCUGUACACUGACUACUCUAAAGGACAUCCAAAUGCGCUUUCUAUGGUAUCGUCCCUUGAGAUGAUAUCAUACAAACGGUUGCCUUUGUGGGAUACUGCAGCUGCCUCGCAUGAUUCGUGUAGCUUUUCCCCCUCAUCUUUUAUUCUUGCUUCCUACUAAUAUUGCAACACAAUUGGAGGCGGAGCAAAUUGUUACAUUCUUUACUGGUAGACACAGAUAAUGAGUGGAAUGCUGUAGCUACACUGUAGCAUUGCAAUACCAUUUUUAUGCAAGCGUGUAUCUGAAAGAGGUACACCUUCAUUUUCAUACACGUGAUGAUCUCAUGCUGAGCAUCUAUCAUGCUAAUCCUGGAAACAUUCACCCUAUGUGUGCACUGUUUGCCAGUAUCACGUAAAGUGGCUUGAAGACCGAGACCCACUGGUGUUGUUAGUUCAGAAGGACAUUUAACGUGGAUUUAUGGACUGCUGGUCUUUUUUAGCUGCAUCAUGUCUGCCUGGUGUCACAAGAAUUUAGUUGAUUUCAUACAAAAUGUAAUGCCAUAAUUAGCAGCACACAUCAUUGAAAUAUUUCAUUCAAAUAUGUUUUGAAAUGAAAUAUGCUGUCAACCUAACCUAAAAUAUAAUUUUUUGUAUUAAAAAAAAAUUUAAACAGGUUUAUUUUUGGGUUACUUGAAAAUAUUUUUAAUACAUGUUAUGGAAUUAUUAUUUUAAUUAUAUUUAUAAUACGUAUUAUGAAUUAUAAACAAUAUGCUCCAACCCAGACUCACAACUACUGGGAUUAUGGAACAUGUUAGUGUAAUUUUACUAGAAAGCAGAUGGAAACUUGAAGUUACUUUACAUUUUAUGUAAUGAUUUUUUUCAUUUUUUUCCAGCCUUUACAUUUUCAGCUUUUUUGAAAUGAUGGUCAAAUUUAUGAUAAUUUUAGUAGAAAACAUGUAAUUGUAAGAUUUUAUUCUAUUGAUUUUGUUAUGAAAAGGAUGAAAAUAAUUCUGUGAUUUGAGAUGUCUGACGUAAAUGAGUGAAAAAAAAUGCCUUAUUAUUAACAAUAAUAGUGUCGUCUAUUCAUUAGUUUGAUAGCCAAAAUGUUCCACGGCUCAGAAUGUGUGUGAGCUAAAUGUGCUAAAUCAUAUUUAAAGAGCAGUUUUAAGAUCUACUCACUUAGUUUGGCUUGAUAUGGUUCAAUACACUGAUGUAAAUAAACCCAAACAUCAUCUAUCAUUUUGCAGUAAAAUGAUAUUUAUAUAACAUUGCACAGGUCAUUUGCUUGACUCUUCAAAAAUGAGAAAUGAGACCAUAUAUAUAUAUAUAUAUAUAUAUAUAUAUAUAUAUUGUUUUGUAAAUAUUUAAUCAUUAUUAUGCUACUCCCUGUCCCAUGAAAGUCAUAAGAGUACCAUCAAGAGAUGUGGAACGGAAAGGAAUAUUACAAACGUUGGAAGAAGGAUACAAAACUUUCCGUCCAGCCAUAAAUGAUACUUUACAUUUCCAUUUGUGUGCUGCAGGACAGCGCUUAGAAGCAGUCUGUAAAAAGUGUUAAUGGCCAUUAUUUUCUUUGCACGUACAAGUACCCGGAACAACAAUAAAAGACGACGAA